AUGCCCAUACUACAGCCCCUGGACCGUGACCCACCCCACGGCCGGGCUCAGUGGAGACUGCGGGUGACGGCGUCGGAUGGCGAGCUGGAGACGGACACUGACGUACGUGUCAACCUCAAGGACGUAAACGACAACGCUCCGUACUUCCCCUCCCACACCACCAUCACCACCAUCUCCGAGGACACGCCCAAAGGCACCGUGGUGGCCCAGAUGGUGGCCACGGACCACGAUGACCCCGAUGAGGGCCACAACGCUCGCCUGGUCUACUCGCUGGAGAAGAAUGUGAUAGACGAGUCGAGCGGGAGCCCCAUCUUCAGCAUCGACAGUCAGCUGGGGCUCAUCACCACGGCGCUCUGUUGCCUCGACCGCGAGAAGACUCAACAGUACACCGUCCAGGUUGUGGCCACUGACGGCGGUGGCCUCAAGGGGACAGGGACGGUGGUGGUGGAGGUGGGGGACGUGAACGAUGUGCCGCCGAGAUUCUCGCGGCCAGAGUGGACGCUGGACGUGUCUGAGAGUCUGACCCGGGACCAAGUCCUCGCCACCCUCACCGUCGUCGAUCAGGACGUCUCCAACAACUUCUCCUUCAGGGUGGUGCCAGGAAGUGGGCGAGGCUGGCAGCUGUUCCGGGUGGAGGGUCGCCGCCGGGGGAGCCCAGGUGGCGACCUGCGCUCCGUCGCGCCCCUGGACUACGAGAACCCCAGCCACAGACGAGGUUUCCGCGUCAGAGUCCAAGUGACAGACAUGGGGAACGACGGCUGGGAAGACAAGUAUCACGUUGACAGUACCUGGGUGAACCUGCGACUGGUGGACGACAACGACAACACCCCCACCUUCAGCAGCGACCAGGCCCACCUCACCCUGCCGGAGGACACGCCCCCGGGCACCCUCCUCGCCACCUUCGUCGCCCGGGACAGAGAUGGGGGAGGACACAGCCGCGUGCGCUAUAAGAUAGCAGAGGACAGUGACCCGAGACGACAGUUCAGUGUAGAUGGGUCGGGGGCGGUCUGGGUUGUGGGCGGCCUGGAUCGCGAGACAGCGGCCGCCCACUCGGUGCUGGUGUGGGCGGUGGAUGACGGCACCCCUCCCAGGACUGCCACAGCCACCCUAACUGUGAACGUGACGGACGUGAACGACAACCCGCCGUUCCUGGCGGUGCCGCGGGAGGUGGAGGUGGUGGAGAACGGCGGGGCCCAGGUGGUGGCCCGGGUGAGGCUUGGAGACCUUGACGACUGGCGCCAGGGCCACGGGCCGCCCUUCACCGUAGCCCUCGACCCCAGGGCGCCCCAGCACGUCCUCGACUACUUUAGGGUCACCCACGACAAGAGAGGGGACGAGGGGCGUGGCGUGGGCGUGGUGUGGGCGCGGGCGGGGCUAGACAGGGAGGAGCGGCGCUCCCUGCUGGUGCCGCUAGUGGUGGCGGACGCCGGCUGGCCGCCCCUCUCCGCCACCGCCACCCUCACCGUCCAUGUGGGCGACCUCAACGACAACCCCAUGACCCCCGCCGCCAAGACUGUCACUGUCCACACCCUCCAGCCACAGGGGAGGCCGGUGCCCCUGGGGAGAGUGUUCGUCCAGGACCCCGACGACUGGGACGCCGCCGCCAAGAUGUACUCCUGGAGACACCAUCUGUCUGGCUUCUUCCUUGACACUGACACCGGCGGCCUCACUAUGGCCCCCGACACUCCUGACGGCCGGUACGAGCUAAGCUUCAAGGUCAACGACGUCAGCCAAGGUCAAUUUGGGGUCAGGGCCAACGUCACAGUCGAGGUGAAGUCCCUAAACCACCAUGACGUCACACACGCCACCCCGCUUACCUUGGCGGCGAACCCCUACCAGCUGGUCAUGGCCAGAGAGGGUGAGGCAUCAAUACUCAGCCAGCUGGAGACGACGGUAGAGGCGUGGGCGGGCAGGAGGACCAUGGGCGUGCGGGCGGGCAGUGGCAGCAUGGGCGCGCGGGCAGUGUCAGUGGAGGCCCUGGGCGGGCACCACACCAUGCCCGCCACAGAGUCGUCACGGGUGUGGCUGGUAGCUCCGGGUGUGCCCAAUCUCGACCACAUCCUCAUGUACAGGAAAAAUGAGCUGAGCGCCAUUUUAGGAGUCAGUGUGCAAGAGGUCGGCGUCGGGACAUGCCAGGAGGUCGUUCGUACAGUCGCUUUGGAGAACACGUACGAGAGCGAGAGCGAGGUCGACUACGAGGACCUGCGUGUCGUAGCCACCCAGGAGGCCGACGGGUGCGUGGACGGGUGCUGGGUGCGCGCUGCCCUUACUGACGGCUUCAGCAUCAUAGACGCCAACAUCUCGGCGCUAGUGGGACCCAAGAUGGAGGUGCGCACCACCUGUGGUUGUGGACACACCACACCUGCUACCCACGACACCUGCACCCCCUACACCUGUCUGAAUGGUGGCAGGUGCAUUCCAGCAUCCUCAGGUACCAGAUGCAUCUGUCCUCACGGCACCUGGGGUUCUCGCUGUAAAGUGAUCAUUAGGCACUUCGAGGACGACGGUGGAGGGUCUGACUUGGGAAGUAGUGAAGAUGAGGUCGUUACAGUGGGUGGGUGGGCGUGGGUGCCGCCAAUCCCACCUUGUGCCGAAGUCCACUUGAGUCUGGAGGUGCUGACCAGAUCCAUGGCGGCCACGCUGCUGUACUCAGGGCCGGACCAGGGGGCACCAAUCCCAGGGAUCGAAGAGAACACCACUAGGGACCUGUUGCUGCUGGAGCUGCGUCAGGGCCGUCCGUCUCUCCUGCUGGACCUGGGAGACGGCCCUGUUACCCUCGACCUCAACGCCUCCUACUCCCUGGCAGACAACACCUGGCACAGGAUCGACCUUAUAUGGAAAGACGAGUUGGUGGAAAUGAUUGUGGACUUGUGCACGGGCAACGGACCAGACGACGUAUCACCGCCGCCACCCUCCACCCUCGCCCACAACCACUCCAAGACGAACACCCAUCCCGACGCCCACACUUGUAGAGGGGCGGCCAGACUGCCUCGUGCCGCCCGCGUCCUCAACACAAGUGGACCGCUACAAGUGGGUGGACUGUCACACCCUCUACCAGCAAACACUUUACAAGAGGGUUUCCCACCUUUCUAUGGCUGUCUCCGGAACCUCAGAGUCAACGGCCAGCUGGUGGACCUGGGCGGCGGCGUCCUCGGCCAGGGCAGUUACCCCGGGUGUCCAGCCACAGACUGCCUCUCCAGUGGCCUCUACUGCGGCCUCCACAGCAG